CCUUAGCAAACCUCAGUCUUUCUUCUUUGUCAAUGUCCUCUGUUGCCAUUAGAGUAUGGGGUUUUAUUGACUAGAGUUGUCGUUCUUGUUCGAUACUGUGCGCGUGUUGCACGGAACUUUUCGGGAGAAAUUUCUAAUUUUGACCAUGAGUGAGCCUCAGUUCACCAAAGUAUCACCUAAAUAUUGGGAGGAAAAAUGGGACAAACGAAAAAUUGGUUUCCAUAGAUCUCAUAUGGAUAAGUUACUAGAGAAGCACUAUGAUAAACUGAUCAAUGGCAGACACAAUAUCAAGAUUUUCUUUCCACUGUGUGGAAAAUCUUUAGAUAUGAAAUGCUUAUGGGAAGAGGGACAUACUAUUAUCGGGGUUGAAUGCGUGAGAAGUGCCCUGGAGGAGUUCUUUGAGGAACAGUCCAUAAAGUACACUGUCUCAGAUCUGCAAAAUAUUGAAGGUUCUCUAUUCACUAGUGAAGACAAAAGAAUAAGAUUGUACUGCUGUGACCUCUUUAAGUUCAACAGUGACUUUGAAGGGAAAAUGGAUGCUGUUUGGGAUAGGGGUUCAUUAGUGGCUAUCAAUAAGGAUGAAAGACAACGGUAUUCAGAAAAUCUUACAAACUUGUUGUCCCCGGAUUGUCGCUAUUUACUGGAGACAUUGGAGUAUGAUGAAACUAAGUAUCCAGGGCCUCCGUUUUAUGUGUCAGAACAACAGGUUCAUGAUCUGUUUGGUGACAGAAUGAACAUAACAAAAUUGGAAAGAGUAGACUCCCUAGAAGAAAGACACCAAUCUUGGGGAAUAGACAGCUUGUUCGAAAAUUUGUUCUUGAUGACAUUAAAGUGAUCAACACUACAUUGAAACUUCCUGAAAGUCUUCAAAUGAGAGAGAGAGAGAGAGAGAGAGAGAGAGAGAGAGAGAGAGAGAGAGUUUACAAAUGUUGAAUACACCUGUUCUUGAUACAUAGGUUUGAUUUAGAAAUAAAUAGAAAUUGAUCCAAAUGCCUAUUUUAUAUGCCUUCUGUAGAUGUAUGAUGCAACAGUGGAGUCUGUCUGUUAGUCUGCCUGCUCAGGUUUAUGUUUCUAUUUUCAUUUCUCAAGCUGAUACAUGUUGUGUAGCUUCUUCGUGAGUCACUCUAGAUUAUAUUGCAAUUUUGAUCCAAUUUGACCUUUCUUGCAAGAGUUUUUCCACUUUAUCUGAAAUCUAAUGUUAUAUGGAGGGUACAUAAUUUGUCUGUUUUAACUCCUCCUACAGUUUUCAAGUGAGGACCUUCUUAUUUUACAGAGUUUUUGUUUGGGUAUUGAAUAUGUUCAUGGGGCAAGGAUUUUGAAUUUCUUCGUUGAACUUGGUCGGUUUGAGGAAAUAUUAUAAAGUGUGUACAUGGAUUGUCCAUUUAUCUCCUCUCAUAGUUUUCAAUAUAAUGCCUUUAUAUAAAUAAUUAACAUGUGUGUAUUGCAAUGAUUUUGAUUUCCAACAAUUUCUAAUUUUCUUUUAUCUUUGAAAAAUUUAAAUUUACAGGUUUCUUGAACUGUUCUAAUAUUCAGGUUCAUAAUGUACAUGUAAUAUGUCGAAUGCGUAAAACUUGUACUGUAAAAUUUUCGUCUUGGAAUUUUAUCACGAUGAUUUCAUAUCAAUUAGAAACAUAUAAUUAGCUAGAAAUGGGGAUUUAAGACAUUUGUAACUGUUAACUUUAAUGUUAAAUUUGGCAUUUUUACAGCAGAUUUUAUUUAGAGCCUCUGGUAUAACUUAAAAAUUUAAUGAUGUUUUGAAUUUAAUUGGGACAAGUGACAGAUCAUCAUCAUUGCAUACGACUUGGAAAAUGAUUUUUGAUAUAUAUUGUAAGAAAUAUAUAAGAUUUGCAUGUAGUGAUAAUCAUUAUUCUUCUAUAUUCUACUAUUUUACAAGUCUCUUUUAUUAUUCAAUUAUCUGGUGGCAUAUUUCAAAUAGAAAAUAUGUUACAUGAUAUGAGAACUACAUGUAAGUAAAGUGUUGAAUAAAAUCAAAUCUACUAUAA